CCCCCACCCCCCUGAUAAGCAUUGAACAGAUGUCAUUAUAUUUCAAGAGAGAAUGCAUGGCACUUGCCCCUAUCUGAGGACGGGGAUAUAGCCAGUCAAAGUCAAAGGAAUAGAAUACAAACCCCCCUGAUACCAAUCGCCAGUCGCUGUGCUGCUCGCCUGACUCUGACCAAUAUUGGUUAUGUGUUAACCCAGUGCUACAUAAGUAGUCACAAGACAGUUUUCAUGGAUUUAAUAAAUUAUCACAUUUGAUUUGAAACUCGUGGAGUGACAGAGUGAAAAUGGCUAUUAUGAAAAUUUUGUUAAGAUCGGAUAUCAGAACAUACUCCGGUGUCAGGCACCUGAGUACGAAGCCAAAAUUCGGCCUGAUAUUCGAUAUCGACGGUGUCAUUGUGAGAGGUAAAACCGUGCUACCACCAGUGCCUGAGUCAUUCGCGCGUUUACGUGAUAACAGUGGUAAAUUUCGGGUGCCAACUGUAUUCGUAACGAACAGCGGAAAUGCACUCCGUUCAGAAAAGGCGCAGGACUUGUCAAAAUGGAUUGGCUUCGAAGUAACUGAGGAUCAGGUGGUGAUGGCGCAUUCACCCCUCCGUAUGUUCAAGCAGUUCCACGAUAAACGAGUUUUGAUCUCAGGACAGGGCAAGACCCGCGAGAUAGCCAAAGAACUAGGAUUUAAAAAUACAGUGACGAUGGACGAAUUAGUUAAGAAUUUCCCAAGUCUAGAUUACGUUAAUAAAGACAGGAGGGAUCCCACAUGUGGUCCUGUGGACCCAAACUUCACUCCAAUCGAGGGGAUUGUCAUGUUGAGCGAGCCCACGACGUGGGAGACAUCCCUGCAGCUGAUGGUAGAUCUCAUGAUGACUGAUGGAAUGCCAUCUAACUUACCAAAUGUUCUUCCUCAUCCCCACAUACCUGUCCUCGCCUGUAAUAUGGAUCUGCUGUGGGUCUCUGAAGCCCCUAUACCUAGAUAUGGUCACGGAGCUUUUCUUGUAUGUUUAGAGGCUUUGUAUAAAAAAGUCACUGGAAAGGACAUGAUUUAUACGGCGCUGAUUGGAAAGCCCAGUGAAGUCACUUAUUAUCAUGCUAAUCAGAUGAUUAUGAGGCAUGCGAAGGACAUUGGAAUUGACCAUAAUGUGGACACAAUUUAUGCUAUUGGGGACAACAUCAAUACCGACGUAUUCGGCGCAAAUCUCUAUGACAAAUACCUAGCAAGAUAUUCAAAAGGCAAAGAGACAAAAUCACGUGGAAUGGAGAAAUUAUUAGGUACAAAUUUAGAAGCACCGACUGUUAAAGCAUGUAUCAGUAUUUUAGUUGAAACUGGUGUUCAUCGACGUGACUCUGAAUUCAUAUCGGAGCAUUGCCCGAGGGACUUCCUACCCCUGGAGGAGGGCCUCUGCAGGCCAGCUUUCGUUGUUAAAGAUGUAGGUCGAGCGAUAAAUCUGGCGUUGAAGGAAGAACAUUUCGAUUAAGAAUUGUAUAUAUCUUAUCUAGUGUGAGCUCAACGAAAGUAACGACGAAAAAUAUAGGAGACUAUUGACGUAAA